AGUCACGAAUUUCGAGAUUUGUGUGGGUGAUUUUUCAUCAGACGGAGGUUAUCGCAGAUCAAUUCCUCACUCAGAAGUGUUCUUGGCAGAAGGGUUCAACCAGUAUGGAAACCAUCCUCGCAACGACAUCGCACUAGUCAAACUAGCGGAGCCUGUCUCGCAUGAUAGGAUCAUUAAAAUAUGCAGGAGUGAAGUGGAUCAUGGAACACAUGUGCGCAUGAGUGGACUAGGAGUCACUUCUACCAAAUUCAGAACAUUCCCUGCAACCCUGGUGGAAGCCAAUUUUUACGAGUCCAAGUUCUUGUACUCGAACAUUUGGCAGACUGAUUUUUGUCCACCGUACCUCAUCUGCGUGGAUCCCAUCACUAAAGGAACUAACAUUUGCUUCCAGGAUGACGGGAGUCCACUCUACACUAGUAGUUGUGACACAAAACACGGAGAUUGCUUGCUAGGUGUGGCCAGUUUUUUCAGCAGAAAUUAUUUCGAUCCCCCGUAUUUGAAGUGCACUGAAGGAAGCUUCUUUGCAAAUGUGCCCCACAGUUAUGAUUGGAUCAUGAAGACGAUGAGAGAAAACUAGCAAAUCUGGAACCAACUCGACUAUGGAGUCAAAAAAGAAAUGAGACAAAAUCGAACUCCAAGCUGAAUGCAUUCUAUGCACUCAUUUUGAAAAUGACUAUUUAAAAAUCUAAAUGGAAACAAAAAUCAAUUUUAA